AUGAUGAUUCUCUUGCGGGAUGGUCGUAUGGACGUUAAUGCGACAGAGUCUGAGAGACGGACACCGUUAUCUUAUGCAGCAUCGGCUGAUGACUGUCGCCUACUCGACAUCUUACUACGGCGCAACGAUAUUGAUGUUAAUAUGGCCGAUGUUCAAGGCAAAACGGCGUUUUUCUACGCGGUCGAUGGGGGACAUAAAGAGGCUGUAAACAAGCUCCUCGACGACGCGCGCCUAGACCCUAAUCUAACUUCUCACGAUCUCACGCCCCUGGCGAUUGUCGCAGGCAGCGGUUCGAUGGAGUUACUGGAAAUGCUGUUGAGUGACCAUCGUGUGGCUGUCAACAGCCAAAUACACGGGUCCGUGGACCCAUUAAUCUGGGCAUUAUUUCAAGGAAGUGAGGGAAGCAGUCUUCGGCUGCUAUGCGCACCCAACGUCAACGUCAACUGCUGCUGUGGUACUAUGAGUGCGCUGAUGUGGGCUGUCAUAUUAAAACAAACGGAAGUUGUGGUUGAGAUCCUGAAACAUGAUCAGAUUGAUGUGAAUCACCGAGAUAAUGCUGGUCGCACAGCAUUAAUGCUCGCAAUAGAAGAGGGAAACGACGAAGUAUCCAUGGCCUUGCUGAAUAGAAAAGAUAUCAACCUCACCCUUAAAAAUAUUAGGGAAGAGAGCGCACUGGACUAUGCACUGAAAUCAGGUAACUCAAAGACGCUGGGAAAAAUCAGAAAAGGGUUAACUGGCUCUGACCCAUGA